UAAACAGUAUGGGGGACGGGGCUUUGUCGCCUUUUUGAGCCUCAUCACAUCACAAUUACCGUUGUUUGAAGAAUUUCAACAGUACUUGUAAAGAUAGAAAAUACACAGCGGAACUUUAUUGGAUCGAUAACAUAAGCGCGGUUGGCUCGAAAUUUCCAGGUGCUUGUUUUCAUUACGGGACAGGGAUAAAGCAGUGCAGAUCGCAGAGAGUUUGACUGACUGGUCGUCCAUCCAGUGAGCAUGGAGGCAGGAGAGGACCAGACCAACUCCAGCUCAGCCAAUAGCAGCACUGCUUCGGGGGGAAACUCCCGCCCCCCUCAGAUAGCUCAAAUGUCUCUUUAUGAAAGGCAGGCUGUGCAGGCACUGCAGGCACUACAGAGGCAGCCCAAUGCAGCUCAGUAUUUCCAGCAGCUAAUGCUGCAGCAGCAGAUCAACAACGCUCAACUCCACAACCUGGCCGCUGUGCAACAGGCAACUCUUGCAGCCAGUCGUCAGUCCAGCUCUCCCAGUAACAGUGUCUCUCAAGCUACAAGCUCAGCACAAUGCACAGUCAACUUAAGUACCACCUCUGGGGGAGGGACUAUGACAAACCCCCGUCCAAUGGGACCCUCCACCUCUGCGACCUCCUCAGCCCUUAGCCAGUCAGUGUUACUGGGCGGAAACUCGGGUGGACAGGGUCAGAUGUACCUGAGAGUGAACCGCUCUCUCAGGGCACCUCUCACUCCUCAGCUUAUUUUUAUGCCUGGUGGUACGGCAACAGCUGCUGUGGCAACGGUUGCCCAACAGCAGCCCCAACCACAACAACAGGAAACAACUCCCACAUCCACAAGUAACCAGUCAGACAAUGAUCAGGUGCAGAACUUGGCCAUGCGUUGCGUGUCCACUCCACGGGUGGCUACUGUGAAGACAGAAUUUGCAGACAGGAAGGAGACAGGUGGAUCAUACCCACUAAACCAGCAGACACAGCAACAGCAGUUUGGUCAAUCAGCCCAGCAGAUCCAACCCCAGGCUCAACCGCUCCCCAACGCCAAACUGCAAAACUUCUCCAACACCGCCAACCCCAGCAUGUCGGGCCUCAACAUGAAGGGCACUAAUCAAACCGCUGUCACUCCACAACAAGCUGGAGGUCCUUCCAACCCUCCUUCCUCCUCCACUUCGCUCCCCCUCUCCCAGCUCCUCCUUUCUCAAUGCCAGGCUCGAGGCGUUCCUGCUGCGACAGCCACAGUUACCCACAUUCUGGUGCCCACCUCCAAUGUUCCCACUUCAUCCCAAGGUUACACAAUGGGCACAGUGGCAGGCAAAACAAACAUGGCUGCCCAGACCUUAGUGGUGCAGCCUCUCCAGCAGACCGGGGCUAAUCUGAGCACAGAGAAACUGGGUCACGGAACGGGGCAUGUGCACAUCCAACCAAAAACGGCUCAGGGCCAUCGGCUGCCAGUGCAGAUGCCCCCUCGCCAGCCACCUCCGAUCCUUCCGGCACCACCCAAUAACAGCCAAGUCACCGGGGGCCAUCACCCUCCUCAUAUCCCAGUUCAGCUGGUCGGAGCAAGGCAGAGCACCCAGGCUCUAGCGGUAGCCCAGGCUCGGCCAUGUUGUGGCCAGCAGGAUAACGCGGCUGCAGUGGCCGUCAAUAACUCCACUAGUAAUGUAGUUACCAUGGUAAAGGCAAUGGAAGCCGGCGGAGCAGGCGUGUGCCUUAAAACAGCCCAAAGUCUCCUUCCCGUGUCUCAGUUGCAGAUCAAUCAGAGCACAGGAUUGAAUCAGGGGAAUCCUGGUGCAGUCUCACACUCAGUGGAUGGACAGAAUAACUCUGGAGCACCACAAAGUGGAGAUGCUGUGUUUCUUCAGUCUGGACCAACUCAGACAAAGCCUCUAGUUGGUCCUUUAAAACGGAAAUCAGAAUCAGAUGCGACCCAUGAGAUGACAGCAGAGACCAUCAAUGCAAGUCAAGCAUUGCAAGACUCUGCCCCUCCCCUCUCACCAGCUCCCUCGCUAGACACAGUUCCAGAGAUGGCCUUUUCCACUCCUCCAACUCUCUCGCUUUCUCUCCCUCUUCCUCGUGGAGGAGGGCAGGGCGACCGAGCACCCGUCCCGCAGGCUGUGGUCAAACCUCAAGUUCUCACUCACCUCAUUGAAGGUUUUGUGAUCCAGGAAGGAGCCGAACCUUUCCCUGUGACUGGUCCAGUGAAAGAGCGAGCAGAGGGCAUUCUUCCUGUGGCUGUUCCACCCAUCCUACAUCCAGCGCACCACAACUCUAACUUGUUGAAGUGUGAAUACUGUCAGAAUUUUGCACCAGCCAACCAGUUCAGACGCUCCAAACGCUUCUGUUCCAAAACCUGUGCUAAGAGGUACAAUGUCAGCUGCAGUCACCACUACCGCAUUAGUCGGGGUAUUGAGGCUGGAGAACGGCCACCAGGGAGCCUCGCGAUCCAGGAUAUUAUUGCAAGACGCAGGGGUCCUCGCAGGAGCAGUUCUGAGAUUGCCUGUGCUAAACUUGCAGGCGGGCAUCUUCCCAUGAAGUGUCAGUCAGAAUCCAGUCAUUCUGAAGAUAACUUCAGUUGUGAUGGUGAGGAAGAGGAAGACUUCCUGUCACUCUCUCCCAGCUCAUCCUUCUCUUGCCCAAGACCGGCUCACUGUGGUCCACAGUUGGAUGAUACGGCACCGGGUGGCCUCCAAGUGGAUGGGGACCACUUCCUGUCUGGCAACCCUGCUCAUUGGCGUGUGGAGGAAGUGUGUCAGUUUAUCUCUUCUCUCCAAGGUUGUGAGGACCUGGCAGCCCAGUUCCUGUCUCAGGAGAUUGAUGGGCAGGCACUGCUUCUACUAAAGGAAGAACAUCUCAUGUCCACCAUGAACAUCAAACUCGGCCCUGCCCUCAAAAUCUGUGCGUCUAUCAACAGUCUGAGGGACUGAACAAGGGAAGCGGGAUUAGAGCUUUAUUUUUUCCGUCACCAGCCUGAGAAACUGGAAGAGAAAACAGAUGUAGAUGAUUUGAUGGCUGACGUGGAGAGAUAAUCAAAAGAAGGAAUAGAAAAGAUCACGCCUGAAGAUAAAAGCCAGAAAGACUUUAGAGGAUACAAGUGAUGCCUUAUUAAAAGCUAGGUGAUUUACAAACAAAUCAUUUACCUUAGUAUUCAUCUUUAGCUUUGUAGGACUGUUAUUAAUAGUAUUAUUUUGAAUGUUUGUUUCGUAUGAUGCUAGAUUUGCUAGUUUUCAUUUAAAGGGAUAGUUUACUCCGCACAUGAAAAAAUUGUUAUCGUUGACCUUUGUGUUGUUCUAAGCUUGUAUGCCUUUUCAUACAAUACAAGUGAAUGGUGACCACAGUUUUCCCUGGUCUCUUUUCCAUGUCUUUGCAUGAAAAAGAGCUGCUUGUAUAUACAUAUCCUGCGCUCCAUGCAAGAAUGAAGUCACGUGGGUUUGAACAAUGAAGGUACGGUAGUUUUCAUAUUUUAGGGGAACUAUCCCUUUAAAUUUGUCAUGGUUUCAAACACUGUAACAUAUAGCCUUUAAGAAAGGACAACUAAUGAUCCUAAAACAGAAGAGAGUAAUGACAUGUUGGGGAUGAUGAACGCAAUACUCCCCGAUUUCGAAUGUGCUACAUAUUUUAUAUUUUUCACAAAGUGAUCUCUGCACGUUUAGAUGAGGCAAAUGUAAACGUGUAGUCCUAAAGUUAGUAUGGUUGUGUCUUUCAGUGUUAGUAAUGUUAAAUCAUUGCAAUCAAAGUGUAAUGAGAUUGCAGACAGUAAUCAAUGUGACUUUUUAGUGCAUUUGACUGUUAGAGUCAAGGAUGUAAAUAAGUUGCCUUUCUCACAGUGACAGUACCGAUGACUGUAAUAGGUGUUUGCCUUUGACAGAUGUCUCUUUCAACAGGGCUUUCAUUUCUCUUAUCAAACGAAACAACUCGUCUUUUACCUAUAUGUGAACUCUGUACUCUAUUUUAUCUUGUUCUCGGGAGGAUUUUAGAUCCCUUCUUUCUGGGAGACCGUAUAUUUUGGAAAACCAGUAUUUCUUCUGUCAGUCAGCACUUGGCUAAGGAAAUGCCAGUUCUAGAAUCCUAUACAUUAAAUAAUCGUAUGAAUCUCAUGCGGUCGCCACAGAACCAUUGCGGUUAUUUCAGCAGCCAUUAGUGAUGUCGCAGCUAUCUCUAUUUCCGUUCAGCCUGUUGUAAGGUCAUUGAAGGUCCGAAAACUGCAAGAGAUGGAUAGCUUUGUCAUGUCAUCUCCCUUUUUUCUACAGUAGAUGAUAGGAGCUCAGCAUCAGUAUUUUUGGGUACAGUUCACCAGCUUUAUGUGUAGAUGACUAGUAGCUUUACCUGAGAACUUUGCAGCACCUGGAGCAGGUAUGAUAAAGUAGUGUGAAUGCGUAUGACAGUGAGAGUACUUAAAGAGCUUGUGCUCUUAACUUGGGGCUGAAAUAAUAUGUAUGCAUAAAUAUAAAUAAAAAAGGUGCUGUUACAUGAAAAUC